AUGUCAAACUUUGUAGCUCCAGAAGUCAAAAAAUUUGUGGCUUGGGACUAUGUUGUUUUUGCAGCACUAUUUUUAGUAUGUGCUAGCAUUGGAGUCUUUUUUGCUGUUAAAGAGAGGAAAAAGAAAACUUCAAAGGAAUUUUUGGUGGGUGGUAAGCAGAUGACAUGUGGACCAAUCGCUUUUUCUCUCACAGCAAGUUUCAUGUCAGCAGUAACAGUUCUGGGGACACCCUCCGAAGUUUAUCGCUAUGGGGCAUCCUUCGUGCUAUUCUUUCUUUCGUAUGCGCUUGUCAUCAUUUUUACUGCUGAACUUUUUCUACCUGUAUUUUACAGAUCUGGCAUUACAAGCACUUAUGAGUAUUUGGAGUUAAGAUUUAACAAGAUUGUCCGUCUUGCCGCAACAUUGAUCUACAUCCUGCAGACGAUCCUUUACACAGGAAUAGUGGUUUAUGCUCCAUCACUGGCACUCAACCAAGUCACUGGAUUUGAUCUCUGGGGCUCUGUAGUUGCAACAGGAAUUGUCUGCACUUUCUAUUGCACUCUGGGAGGAUUAAAAGCUGUUGUCUGGACAGAUGCAUUUCAAAUGAUUGUCAUGGUGGUUGGCUUCGUGACGGUUUUGAUUCGAGGAACUACUCUGAACGGUGGAUCGACCAAGGUCUGGGAAGUUGCCUAUGAAGGAUCACGACUAAACAUAUUUGACUUCGAUGUCGAUCCUUUGAGACGACAUACCUUUUGGACAAUUGUUAUUGGGGGAACAUUUACAUGGCUAGGGCUCUAUGGAGUUAAUCAGUCCACAAUACAGAGAUGCAUUUCUUGCAAAUCGGAAAAACAUGCUAAACUGGCACUUUACCUGAAUUUAUUGGGACUUUGGACAGUUCUGGUGUGUGCGGUAUUUUGUGGUUUGGUGAUGUACUCUCAUUACAAGAGUUGUGAUCCUUGGACUGCCAAUUUCAUUUCAGCACCCGAUCAGCUCAUGCCGUAUUUUGUUAUGGACAUUUUUUCUUCGAUGCCAGGAGUCCCGGGACUGUUUGUUGCCUGUGCAUUCAGUGGAACGCUAAGCACGGUAGCUGCCAGCAUCAACGCUUUAGCAACUGUUACCUUUGAAGACUUGGUCAAGAAAUGUUUCCCAAACCUCUCUGAGAAGAUAAGCACAUGGAUCAGCAAAGGCUUAUGUAUAUUAUAUGGCGUCCUGUGCACUUCGAUGGCUGCAGCAGCAUCGCUGCUGGGAGGAGUUGUGCAGGCUUCCCUCUCCAUCCAUGGGAUGUGUGGGGGCCCCAUGCUGGGAUUAUUUACCCUGGGAAUUGUGUUCCCUUGUGCUAACUGGAAGGGUGCAAUCGGAGGCCUCUUAACUGGGAUCACCUUAGCUUUUUGGGCUGGUACCGGCUCUUUCAUUUACCCCGCCCCACCGACAAAGUCCAUUCCUCUGCAACUCUCGACUCUCAACUGCACGCUGGCUAACAGCACCGAGGCGCUGACGACGGCGGCGACGGCUCCCGACAGGCCUUUGCUGGCAGAUACCUGGUACUCCCUGUCCUACCUGUACUUCAGUGCCAUCGGCUGCCUAGUCUGUGCCAUCGCAGGGCUGUUGAUAAGCUUUAUAACAGGCCCUAGUAAAGGAGAAGACAUCCCACCAGUGUUAAUUAAGCCAGUCUGCAACCUGUUUUGCUUUUGGUCCGAAAGGCUCAAAGUUUUCCUCUGGUGUGGCGUGCGGCACGACAGCCUGGAGGUGGACUUUGAAAAAAACCUGCAUAAAGUUAUUGCAAACGAAACUGGAACAGAUGACACCUUCAAGAAUAAUAUCAACAAAGAAAACAAACGCCAGUUCCCUGAUUACAAUCCUGAGGAAAAUUCCUAUACUAAUAUGAGCAGAGAAACUCGUCUCUAG